AUGCCACAAGUCCCGUUGCGUCGGAUAGAGAACAGAACAGCUCUCCGGAUCCACCCCGCUGGAACACUUCCUCGACCAACCGCAGCAAACAUGAAAAUAGGUGUUUCAACCUCCACUCGGUCAAAGCUACACUUUGGAUCCUUGGCACCAGAUGCAGAAUGGCAAUUCAAACCUGAGGCCAUGGAGAAAGUCAGAAAUGUUACAAAGAAACUGCAUCCUGACGUUCAUCUCGUAAAGAGUAUAAAGAUGGAAAACUUUUCCCUAGACAAAACUGUUAAAUGUGAAGAAAACGAAACAAGCACUUCCGAUAUCCACUGCCAGACAGACUACAGCACUAACAUUGGUCACUACAACACGUGUGCUGUGGUUGGCAAUAGCGGCGUGCUUCUGGGAAGUCGUUGUGGUGCUGAGAUUGAUUCCAAGGAUUACGUCAUAAGGAUUGACAUACCCCCCGUCAUAGGAUAUGAAAAAGACGUUGGCAGACGAUCCAGCAUGACGGUACUCAACCUCAGCGCACCGAAACGGUUACAGCGGUUUGCACGUUUAAAAAAUUUAACACAGGGAGUCGAGAGUCACCUUAGGAACAUUGGUGGCACUGCCCUGGUGACGGAUAAAAGGUCAAGACGCAGAAUGAUGAGUUUGGCAAGAAAGUAUCAUCUCCCAUUUUCUUGGUACACUGUCAAAGGAAGCUUAAGACGAGGGAUCAAUCCAAUUGCGUCCAGGUUGGCGAACAGGAAAAUGGGCGGGAAUCCUACCACGGGACUGGUGACCGUUCUGAUGGCGACAACGUUCUGUGACCACCCUUUCUUGUACGGCUUCUUCCCAUUCCAAGAAGAUGCGAAGGAUACACCUAUCCCUUAUCACUACUAUCCGGGAGACUACAUGUACAUCAAACCUAUCAAACAGAAUGAGGGAGGCCGUCAUAACAUGGCGCGAGAAUAUAACUUCUUUAGGAAUCUACAUAAGCAGGGCGUGCUGAAGAUGCAUGUCGGUUCAUGCGAGGAGAAAUAA